UCUCUGGUUGAUUUCACCUUGGCUCUCCGGCAUCAUGGAUUCGAUGAUGCAAGUGAAGGUAUCUCUAGGAAUCUUAUUUUCCUCCAUCCUUUUCCCCUUGCGCUGUUGCCUCUCUUAAAGGCAAGCGUGGGUCUCUUUCUCUCUGUCUCUCUUGAUCCCCUUGCCUCGCUGCUUGGCUAACACUGCCCACCUUCGGCCUUGCAGUCCAAUGUCUCGUACCAACGCCCUCACAGGACCUGGUCAGCCACCCAAAGGAUGCUCUGCCGAGUGCGCCAGCAAUGGAAGAUGCAGGGCUUCUUUGAAAUCAAUGAGCAGCAUGCUUUUUUUCAAUUCACCCGUAUGCUCAAACAAGGGCUGAAGGCCUCCAUCCAGAAAACCAUCGAUGAACCAGUAAGCAUGGAAUCGCAAAGGCCGUCUGAUUUUACCAGGGUGCUUAAGCAGAUCCAUGAGGGUUACGAGAUGAGGACCUACGCAGCUCCCGUCUUUUCCCGUUUCCGGCAGUACCUUGGCAUGGCGGACACGGAUUUCCAAAUGUCCUUGACGUGUGAGAGCGCCUACCUGCAGUUCAUCAGUAACUCUAAAAGCCAAGCUGACUUCUUCCUCACGUACCUGGAUCACAUGGAGAGAUACCCACACUCCAUCCUUGUGAAAUUCCUGGGUGUGUACAGCAUCAUUGCCCCUCAAGAGAAGAAGAGAUACUUCAUCAUCAUGCAGAGUGUCUUCUAUCCACAUGAGAGGAUUACUGAACGGUAUGACAUCAAAGGGUGCCAAGUCGGACGCUGGACAGACCCCACUGUAGACAGCAGUGAAGUCAUUAUGGUUUUUAAGGACAAUGACUUUGGAGACAAGGUGAUCUCCCUUAAUGAAGACCAGACCUGGUUGCUGCAGCAAGUGAAGUUGGACACCCAGUUCCUCAAAGCUUUGCAUGUGAUUGAUUACAGUUUGCUGGUGGGCGUGCAACCUCUCCAUGAUGAUGACCGGUUCCUGAACGACACGCUGGGAAACAUAUUAGCCAGGACGAGAUUGUCAGUCAGCUGUGACUAUCCUCGCCGCCGCAUUGCCAGAGCUACCUCCAACUCCUCUUGCAGCAGCUCCUCCAGUUCUGACCAGAUCCUCCGGCUCUAUCCCGAUUACUUGCUUUCCUACUUGAAACCCGACCGGCCUCCGGAGCAGUUGAUCCGAAGCGAGGGUUUCAUGCAUAACGUUGUGACGCCAUUCCUGAUGCAGAGCAGCUGCGAGGACAUGAGUUGCACCGUGGGCAGUGCGCUCUGUUCCCCCAGCCUCUCGGAUUUAUCCGGCGCGUCCUUUGCCGCGCAGCAUCGACGGAUCCUCCCCACCUCCAAAAACCCUCUACACACAAUUGAUGGGCCGGACUACCGCUAUUACGUAGGCAUCAUUGACCUCUUCACGGUCUACACUUUCCGCAAAAAACUGGAACACUUGUGGAAGAGCAUCCGUUACCGGGGCCAGCAAUCUUCCACGGUGGAACCUUCUUACUAUGCCCAGAGAUUGUGUCAGUGGGUGGAAAGUCACACUAUAUGAACCGGAACAGAGGCGAUGGGCCAGUUUUUAGCUGAAAGUCGGACAGUAUCCCUGUCUCUUCUCGUAGGUUCUCCCGGUCCCUGCAGAUCAGUAUUCAUGUUUCAACACCAAUCACCUCUUGUGAUGGUUCUGAUGACCUCUUGGCUACCAGGAGAUGGAGCUGCGUGAAAUUUCCCUAGAAAUAGGCCACUUGGCAAGCAAGGACAGGGGGGAGGCGGUUUUCCACGGAGCAUGGAAGUUCUUGAGGACAUCUAGGUGGUGGCUUUGCAAAAACCAGAUGGACACCUCAACCCCACGGACAUUGCAAUCAACGGCACUGAAUCCCUCAAACUCUGAGAGAACAGCACAGGGGGGAGGAUACCACCCAGUCUCCUCCCAAACAAGCCAUGUCCUCCUGCAACCGUAAUCUGCCAGAUCUGUAGAAAAAGAACAGUUGGUGCAGUCCAUCUUGGUGCCCUGUAGGCAUUGGGUUAAUCCAGGCAGGCACGGGGGGGUUAAUCAAGAGCUCCUUCCUCAAAGGAUUUAAGGUCCCAAAUCCACGAGGGGCGAAGAAGGGAGGAGAAUUUGGAUUGUGAGAAGAAUAAAGAGUUUCCAGAGAAA